AUGGACAGACAUACUCUGGGUAAAAUCACUAUUCCAGGCCGAGCUGCUCGAAAGUCGCAGAGGUUAUCUUCGGUGGACUUCUGCCCUACAUCUCAAUAUCACCAGAUCGGAACGUUGAAGUUUGACGAGCUCAACUUCGAGAAUACCUUGCCAUUACCAGAGAAAAGCCAUUAUUUAUCAAGAGAGCCAUCCUUGGCUUCUUUAACAGCCACCAAACCUAGUCGGCGCUUUACAGGUAUAGGGCUUCAUUGGACGACAGCCAUAGUUGGAUUGCCGAUAUUCUGUUUCACGGUCGUCCUGAUAGUGCUUGUCUUUGUGUAUCGGGUAUCUACCGACCCUACACAUCCAUUCGCAGCCAGCCCUUCGCACAAGGUUGAUCACCGCUAUAUUCUUGUCGACUUCUCAUCCACAAGAUUGGUCUUCGUUGCAUCAUGGAGCAGCACACUCGCUCCUAUGCUUCUGGGGAGCUUGAUGGCGCUUUGGCACAUUCCCACUGUGUGCAAGAUGGCAGCCCAUACCACCGAGGACAAUAUCAAGGAGCUUCCGACGCCGUAUCAAUUAAGCAUGCUCAUCGGUCUUUCGAGUGGUUCCUUCGACGAGCUACGAAAGUACGUCAUGUACCUUUUCAGCAAUGUGAAGGCAAGUCAGCCUCGCAUCCUGAGCCGCUCGGCUUUGAUCAUGGUCGUGAGCUCCCUGUUGGCCGCCCUCGUAUUUGGGGCAGAUACCGCGAUUCAUGCCUUCACUUCGACGACGUCUGUAAGCAUGGUAUACGAAAAUGCACAGGCACAGCUUUCCUCUGGGCGGGGACUGAUCAGCGAGUGCAUUGGCUUUAACCGGACUGCCAACCAAGGACUACCCUGCACUGUGGUUGCAGAUUCGAGCCUGGGAGCGAAUACCUUAGCUCGUGAUACUGCAGAAAUAAUUUCUCUGGAACAAAAUGUCUCGUUGAGAAACAGUAUCUGGACGAUUAAGGCCGAUGACCUCACCCAUGGAGAUCUCGUCAUCCUGAUGCCUCAGACGAAAAGCACUCCGCCAAAUGUCGACUAUCACGCAACAACGGUUGGAGUUUCAACUCAAUGCGUACCUUCUACGAGCAAAUGCGACAUGAGAUUGUCCGAUCAGACGGACGCGGACACCAGCUUUGUCAUGUUCAACUGCACCGACAACUUCCGUGGUGUCCUUGGUGCUCCUCCCAGCAUUUCGAACAACACUGUCUUAUGGACACAGACCGACAGUACUACGCCGAAUUUCAACGUCAAACUGGACAGAAACUUUCAGUAUGCAUACUUUUCCGACCCGGAGUUUACCAAGAUAUAUAACUCGAUCGGGGGAAAUCUGACCAACAACGGUUCCUCAGCCGACUUGGCGCUACCAGAUGGCUCACUCUUGAAUCCAAUCUAUCUUGCGACGGCUGGUCUUAUCCCCGUUCUGAACGGCCCAGCUGGAGAAAGUCUCAAUCGUGAUGAGGAUGUCCUCUCUGUGGGUGGGUCGAUGGUUGCAUAUUCGUUGAAUUGCACUGUUACGUCGUAUGAUGUAGCAUACGACUGGGUUAACGGUGCAAUCAGUUCGUUCAAUUAUACGUUGACGCCAAAUGGCAGCAUCAUCGAACUGUCGCAUGGUAUGCAAGCAGUUGGUAUGCCUAGCCUUUCCCAAGGCCAAAGCCUCGCCAGCCUUUCGGAGAGUGCGGCAGGUCUGGCUCGAAGCUUUGCAAACGCACACUCCACGGAUUCCCUGACGUUGAUUGGGAGCGUGAUGUCGCCUAGAACGAAUCUCGCAGAGGCAACUCGCCGAGACGUACUUGUGGCCAAAGUGAACACUGCAGUCUUUGGGUUUCUGGUGGGCAGCAAUCUACUCUUCGUCGUCUUUGGGCUCGUGCUUCUUAUUCGAGCAUGGAGGGUCCAUUCGCCUUCCACGCUGGACAUGGUUGCCCGAAUGAGUGUCGAGGGGCUAUCCGCGAUGGCCUUUGAAGAUACCGUCGAGAAAAGGGUGCGGCGAGUGGCUGAUGUGCAAGACAUGUUUGAAGAGAGUCGCAUUGGGGAUUCUAGUAGGAAGGUUGGGUUGAAAGCAUACCCAGGCGGUGGUCAUGUCAUGUUUGUUGAGCAACCUCGACUUUGA